AUGUUCGCUGCCCGUCAGACGCUGCUUCGGACCUCUCGCGCCUUGCGUGCAUUCAGCUCUUCCUCGUGUACGCUUGAAGAGGCAACGUUGAAUCGAGCAGAAAGACUCAAAUCUCGUUUCUGGAAAAGCGUCAGUCUCCAACGACCGACGUCUUGCUCGGAUGGAUUUCAAAUCCUUCUCGAUAACCGUUGCAUCCGCACACCUUCAGGCCAACCGAUCGUCAUCCCUAAGGAGAGGGAAUUGUUGGCAACGUGCAUCGCACAAGAGUGGAGUGAACAAAAACAGCUACUGAAGCCUCACACUUUGCCGUUGACAAGUUUGGCGGCUAGAGCGUUGGAAGGAUGUAGGCAUGCUGGCGAGAGGAAAGCAAUUGAAGGUGCUUUGAUUCGGUAUUUGGAGAAUGAGACUGUUUGCUUCCAAGAAUCCCAACCAAAGUCGCUCGUCGAACUGCAAACACAACACUGGACACCACUGCUUUCCUACAUCAACUCGACCUACAACACCUCCAUCACACCCUUCACCGGUCUUCUGGGAGGCGCACAUGCUCCGGGAACACUCGAGACUUUCUGUUCACAUCUUACUAAACUCGACCCAUUCGACCUAGCUGCUUUCGAACGAAGCGUCAUGCUAUCAAAAAGCUUCCUCAUCUCUCUGGCACUAGUCUCGGGACAUUUGAAUGUAGAACAGGCUGCUCAGGCUGCAGAGGUAGAGGUUCAAAGCCAAAUCAACAGAUGGGGAGCUGUGCAGGAUAGUCAUGAUGUUGAUCAGGCUGAUAUCAGAAGGACUUUGGGUAGCGUUGCAAUUGCCACUGUGCGCAACUGA